AGAAACAGUCGAGCUUCGUGUGCAUUUACAGAACUUUUUUGAAACAAUUGAGUUGGAAGGCGCCAAUUGAAUAAUCUAAUUUCGUGUUGUUCUACAAAAAUUUAUUACGAAUUAUUACUAGUCUUAAAGGCACUGUAAUUUAUUUUAAUUUAAAUUGAUAAAUUAUUCAAAUGCGGACCGGUGAACCGAAAAAAUGUAAAGUGAAAAAAAAGUGUUGAAGAAAUUUAUCGAGCAAUAAAAGAAUCAGUGCUGCUAUUAAAAUUUAAAAGUGCGACAAAAUUCGUGUUGAAAUUUAUGUUACUGCUGAAAGCUUUUAUUACAUUAAAAAUAUCUAAAAAUAAUUUAUGAAAAAAAUACGAAAAAAUUCCAGCGAGAAAACGACGACUAAACAACACAACUCGCUCGAUCAUGCUGCCAUGAGUAACCAUAAUGUGCGAAGAUGAAUUCAUUCGGUUGUUAACAUUCAGCGAAGAAACAACCGCGCUGCAACAAAUGUAAAUAAAUACGAAAAAAAAAGAAUAAUUAAAGUGAAACAAACCAAAGAACCAGCAAACGGUAUAAUUGCAGUUUUCUAGCUACUAUUGUUAAUAAUUAUUUAUAAAAAAAAAAACACACAAAAGCAACAAAGAAAUGAUGAUGAAGAUCAUACGGAAAGUAGCAGGUGUCUUGCUGCUGCUACUGAUGUGCAAUUCCAUGAAAACCGCGGGAUUUGAACUUGAAACGAAAUGUUGCGUGAACGAUACUCACUUCGAUCAAGAUAAAAACGCGUGCAGAGAUUCUCACACGGGAACGUUGACACAAUUGACCAUCACUUGUCCGAGGUAUAUGCUGGAUCCAGAAAUUGAGCCAGAUGAUGAGUUUAGAGUAAUUGGCGAUGGAUCACUUGUUUAUAUGGAUGUUCGGAUUGAAAAAGGAGAAUUCUGCAUCGCCGAACUCUCAAACCCGGAUGGCUCUCCGCACGAUGUCGCCUUCAUUUGUCACCACGGCGAAGAUAAUCCCAUGUCAGCUCGCAUCUGGAUUCCCGUCAAAACCUUUUUCAUCUUCCUGUCCGUGAUAUUUCUCAUUUUAACGCUCUACAUCUACUGGCUCAUCCCGGAAUUGCGUCAAACUGAGGACAAAGUCACUUGCAUCGCCCUUUUAUGUCUCACAACCUUCAUGAUUCUGCUCGGAGUGGUUCAAACGUUACCGUAUGUCGAAACACCCGAAAUUUGCAUCAUGAUUGGCUUCGGAAUUUACUUUUUCGCCAUCGGAUAUUUCUCGUGGUUGAAUUGCAUCAUGCUGAAUGUGUGGAAAAAUUGCGUUCUUUCACGAUGGCAGAUCAAAGAAAGAAAUUGGUUUUUGUUAAAUAAUUUAUAUGGAUGGUCUGUCCCGCUAUUGGCGCUCUUUGUAGGAGUCGUUGUUCACCUAGAUACCCCCAGUAUUGGAGUUAAUUCCUGCUUUUUUAACAAUGCCACCGAACAAUGGAUAUUUUUGUACAUGCCGAUGUCAAUAAUGUUGGCUAUUAAUUUAAUUUUCGGCAUUUGGACCGCUAUUAGUUUACAUCAACGUGGCGAUGAUAUCAGCCCGGACCGGAAAAAGCGCCUGAGGUUCAAGAUGCAACUUUACCUCCGAGUCUUUGUCCUUGCCGGCGUUACGUGGAUUUUUGAAGUUCUUUCCUUCAGUUUUGGUGAAACGCAUAUGCCAUCGAACCUGUUUUGGUUAAUUUGCGACAUCAUCAACGCCCUGCAUGGCGUUCUAAUAUUUUUCGUGCUCAUAAUGUGGCGCCAACGGAUAAAACGCGAGCUAGGCGGCAAGAAAAUCUGUUGUUUUACGUGUCCGAUCAGUUGGUCGACGGUCGCUGACAUCGAACAGGAGCAAUUAAACGACGAAGACUUUGACGCGAAAUACGACUUGCUAACUGUCAUACGAUGAUUUCCUGUACAUACAAUAACACACAAAAAGGCUUCUAACACUUUUUUUCUUGCACUGACCGACCUCGCAUCCAAUCGAGAUCGUUACUAAAUGUAAAUAUUUCACACUAACCAGCAUGCUGCUUUUUUUGUACAUUAAGCUCUAAGUUACUGUAAAAAAAAUGAUAAAUUUCAAUA